GCUUCGAAGCUCUCUCGCCCUCACUCACAAUCCUCUGCCUCGUCUGAUUCCAACUAAAAGCGAGAGAAAAUGGAGCACGAACAUGGCCAAGCUGAUGCCCCCCACAACGAGGGAUUCGAAACCCACGAUCUUCAAUCCGUCCUCUCUUCUCCCGAUAGGGAUUUCCUAAUUCGCAACAAUGGCGAUCAGGUCAAAAUUGAGAGUCUGAAGGGGAAGAAGGUUGGGCUAUAUUUUUCAGCAUCCUGGUGUGGUCCGUGCCGACGCUUCACCCCCAAUCUAGUGGAUGUUUACACUGAACUGUCACAUUAUGGCGAUUUUGAGAUUGUUUUUGUCUCGGGGGAUGAAGAUGAAGAAUCAUUCCAGGGGUAUUUUGCCAAGAUGCCGUGGCUUGCUAUCCCCUUUUCUGAUUCAGACACACGUGACAACCUGGAUGGGUUGUUUAAGGUGAUGGGGAUACCUCACCUCGUGAUCCUUGAUGAAAAUGGGAAGGCUUCGACUGACGAAGGAGUUCAGAUAAUUCAGGAUUAUGGAGUUGAUGCUUAUCCUUUUUCCUCAGAAAAGAUCAAAGAAAUUAAAGAAGAGGAGGAAGCCGCUAGGAGGGAACAAUCCCUUAAAUCUGUUCUAGUUUCCCGUUCUCGUGAUUUUGUGAUCUCAGCGGAUGACAAGAAGGUGCCCGUCUCUGAGCUUGAGGGGAAGACUGUAGGCCUUUAUUUUUCAGCGUCUUCAUAUCGUCCAUGCCUUCAGUUUAAUACUAAACUGAUUGAAGUUUAUGAGAAAUUGAAGGCAAAGGGGGAGAACUUUGAGGUUGUGAUGAUACCCCUUGAUGAUGAUGAAGACUCCUUCAAGCAAGCCUUUGGGAGAAUGCCCUGGUUUUCUCUGCCUUUCAAGGACAAGAGCUGUGGGAAGCUGGCUCGGUACUUUGAUCUUUCAACUAUACCCUCACUGGUCAUUAUCGGCCCAGAUGGGAAGACUCUUCAAUCGGAUGUUGUUGAGACCAUUGGAGAACAUGGCGUUCAAGCAUACCCUUUUACGCCAGAAAAGUUUGCUGAGCUUGAGGAGAUGGAAAAGGCGAAGCGGGAAGCACAAACUUUGGAGUCAAUUCUGGUUUCAGGAGGCCUUGAUUUUGUAAUUGGAAAAGAUGGAGUCAAGGUUCCAAUUUCUGAUCUUGUUGGUAAAACCAUCCUCCUCUACUUUUCAGCACAUUGGUGUCCCCCAUGCCGUGCUUUCAUGCCAAAACUCGUCGAAGCCUAUCACCAAAUUAAGGCUAAAGAUGAUGCAUUUGAGGUGAUUUUCAUCUCCAGUGACAGGGACCAAAACUCAUUCGAGGAAUUCUUUUCUAAAAUGCCAUGGCUGGCACUCCCCUUUGGAGAUGAGAGGAAAUCGUCUCUGUCGCGCACUUUUAAAGUUCAGGGCAUCCCUAUGGUUGUUGCACUUGGGCCAUCUGGCCGGACUGUGACAACUGAAGCCAGAGAACUUGUCAUGCGUCAUGGAGCCGAUGCGUAUCCCUUUAGCGAGGAACGCUUGAAGGAGCUCGAGGCACAGCUUGAGGCUACGGAAGAAGAGAAGGGAACCAACUCUGACAACGAAGAGGCGGCGGGAGAGAAACCCAAAGAAGGAUGGAUUUGUGAUGGAGAUGUGUGUUGCAAAGAAGCUCACUGAGUCUGUGCUCUGAAUCCAUGGCAGUUCAAUCCUACAUAUUUGCUAUUUACAAUAAGAGUUGGCUUGCUAUUUAGUUUUUGAGGCUUUGAAGCUCUGGUUUCCUCUUUUAUGUAUACUUUAGUGUAUGUUUGUGGCUUGUACAUUUAAAUAAUGAGCCAUCAAUAUAUGUAUGUCAGUUGGUGUGUUUA